CUCACCUGGAUCACCAUUACCGGAGCUCGCGGAUCAGUUACCUCAGGUUAACUAUUACUAUUUGCUCAAGAAAUCUCUUUAACUUAAUCAGGUGAUAUAAACAGAGAAAGGAAACCGAACAGGUGUGUUUAUUAUUAAUAAUACAGUAAAAUGGCGGCUCCGGUGUCGGUGCUGGCCGGUUUGGGCCGGUGCUCGUGCGCGUUCUGGCUCGCGGUGGUGUUCGACGUGUGCGGCCUGCUCGUGCUCUUGGCGGGAGUUUUCACCGACGUGUUCUUCUACGACUUCCUCAUCUACGCGGGCGCCAUCAUCAUCUUCCUCAGCCUCAUCUGGUGGGUCUUCUGGUACACGGGCAACAUCGAGGUGCCGCCCGAGGAGCUCGAGGACGACGUGGGACUGUUAAAGAAGAAAGAGAAGGGUCUGGCCGGGGCGCUGAGGAGGUUCUCCAGCAGAAUCAGCGGCUCGCUGAGGAAAAACGGUGGAGCCCCAAUGGCGAGACGGGGACCACGGAGCCAACAUGGCGGCCAGGGGACCACAGUAGCAGUAAAUCUGCCCAUGAGUCCACCUGAAGCUGUGAGCACUGUUUCAGCUGCUGUAGCUACUGAGACUUCAGCUAUAUAAAGCACUAAAUACAGUGCUCAGAAGAGGAAACAUUCAGGAUGGAGAUUUAUUUAAGACUGAAUAUUAAGAUUUUAAUGC